AUGGAAAUCAGAUGUCGGGGAGGGAGUUCUUACACUAGGCUACUGGGUCUGGACCUGAAAGUGGGACUUAGUGAAGACGGGAUACAGGGCCUGGGCCUUAAAAUGGAUGACGACGACGAGGCCUUGAAUCAUAAUGAAUCCUCCUCGUACCCCGAAGCUAAAGAUGAUGAUAAUGAAAAUGAAGAAGAUGAUGUUCAUAAAGAAGGCGUAGCUCUUAUAGCAAUUAAGAAGGAAGUUCCCAUGCCACAUAAACUGGAUGUUUCGUUGCUUUCAACACUCCACUACCACCAACACUAA